UUUUUUGUGGUGCGGAAGUAUUUUAAAUAGAGAGGGAAAAUUUUUUGUUGUAUGCUUUAAGAUUAAAGAUUGAAAAUUUUUUUUGUUAUACUUAGGUAUUGACGAGAGGGGAUAAUUGUAAAAUUGGAUUGUAAAAUUGUGUGUUGUAUUGUAAAAAUUAGUUAAAUAAAAAAAUAUUUUGAUUAAAAAAAAUAUUUUAUAAUUUUAUUUUUGUAUUUUUAAAGCAAACGAUUUUGUACUUGAAAAAUUUUUUUGAAAGUUUUUUUGGUUUUUUCGGGUUUAGGUUUUUAUUUUUAUUGGUUUAAUAGUUGCAUCCUUUUUCUAUUUUUUUCUUUUUUUUUCUUUCUUGAAUAUUUACAUCCUUUAUAUGACAGCUAGUGAUCUUGGACGUGGAUUUGUAAUUUUAAAUACCCUUAAUUUUAGACCUUUGCAUUUAGUCAUUUUUUAAUUCAAAAAAAUUUCUUUUUAAUUUUUAAAUAUUUUUUUUAAAUUUUGGUACAAUUAAAAAUGUCAUAAGGAAAGUGUAUAUAUUUUUGUGAUUUUUUUAAAAAGAAGUAAUAAAAAUUUUAAAAUCUCAUUUUAUUAGUGUCAUACACAUUUAAACAUUUUUAUAUAUAAACACCCAACAAGGCAACAAAAUUAAAUUUGUGUGUUUGUUGUUUUUAUUGGUGUUUUUACAAGAACAAAUGUGUGUGUGUUUCCCUCUAUUUUAAAAUGUUUCUUUCUCUCUCUUUGUUUUUAAUAAAAACACAACAACAAUUAAGUUUAUGUGUUUUUGUAUUUUCGUAUUUCUUUUCUUGGUGUUUAUGUGUUUUUGUAUUUUUUCCUUGUUGUUGUUGUUGUUUUAAUUUUAUGUUUUAAUUGUUCGUGUUUUAUUUUGUGUUUUACUUGUUGUUUUUAUUUGUUGUUUUUGUUGUUGUUUUGUUCUAAUUUUUGUUGUUUUGAUUUGUUUCUGUGUUUUUGGUAUGUUGUUAUUGUUUUUGUUUUAAUCUGUUAUAUUUGUUGUUUUUGUUUUGUUGAGUGUUUGUGUUUUUCUUGUUGUUUUAAUUGUUGUUUUUGCUGUUUUAAUUGUUUUUUAUUGAUGUUUUUGUU